AUGUCCGACGCCAAACGCCGCUUGGCCCCGGCUCCGACCGGUGCAAACGCCGGCCCUGAUUCCCAACAGCGCAGGAAGAACGUCGGCACCGCGUGCCUGGCCUGUAAAGCGCGCAAGCUGAAGUGCACCGGCAACUCCCCCUGCGGCAACUGCGUCAAACACGGCCUUGAAUGCACCCUCAACCAGGCCGCCGACAAACGCCGUCGCGGUCACAUGAAGCGCAAGAUCGACCUCCUCGAAGACAAAGAAGACCUCCUCAUCGGCCUGGUCGGCAUCAUUCGCGAGAGCGGCAACCGACGCACCAUCCCCCUCCUGAACCUCAUCCGCAGCAACGCCUCCCUGUCCGAGCUGCGCCACUACAUCGACCACGAGCUCCCGCGGGCCGAUCUCGCGCGGACACCAGAAUUAGUGGAGGUCUGCAAUGAGGUGCAGAGGUUGCAGCAGAAUGAGGCCCGGUCCGUUCGUCGCAUCCUCGAUGCGAAACGUCUGUCGGAUAUUCCGCGCUUUCGCGUCCCGGCCGGUCCGUGGACCACUGUCACUGAGGAUGAUGACUUCGUGUCGCAUCUUGUCUCCUUGUGGUUUACUUGGUGUCAUCCGUUCUGUAACUGGAUUGAUCGCUCGAGGUUCUUGCGCGAUAUGACGGCGGGGUCUAAGGCGGGGGCGGCGUAUUGUUCGCCGUUCUUGGUCAAUAUCAUUCUGGCGGAUGCGUGUGCGUAUUCGGAUUAUCCCGAGGCGUGUGCGAAAGCGGAGGAUCCGACGACGAGAGGGUCGCAUUUCUACGACGAGGCAAAACGGUUGCUGGAGAAGGAGGAAGGCAGGAUUACGCUUCCGACGGUGCAGGGCCUCGGAGUGCUGUGGAGUUGUGCCUCCAUGACCGGUCGGGACCGCCAAGGUUGGAUUUAUCGCAGCCAACUCGCAUAUUCCGUGCAAGAGCUCUCUCACACUUACUCGGUUUUGGCCCACAAAGCCGACGAAGAUACUCUGCGCAUGGCCCGAGUGAUCAGCAAUACUCACUGGGGCUUGUUCAAUAUCGCCACGGUGCACGCUUUGUUCGAGAAAAAGAUGCCGCCCAUCAAGCCGCCGAAACGAGUGUCUUUGCCGCCGGUCAGUCACGAUUCCGACCAGGAUGACUGGCAGCCGUACCCGACCUUCGCCGAGGGAAUCCAGUCGCACACGGACUGUCUGUUUAACGCCCUCUGCCAGUUAAAUCUGAUCGCGUACGACCUGUGUGCCUUGUUCUUUCGUGGCGACCCGGAAUGGUCCCCUGUCGAAUGUGACCGUCGUAUCGAAGACGCGCAUACCCGAUUACGCCAAUGGUCCGACCGACUGCCAGACUGCCUAAAAGGGAGUCAGAUUGAAGCUCCGCACAGUUUGUCUCUACACAUGUACUACCACGCCAUCAUAAUGAUUCUUUGCGGCCUUUCAAGUACCCUUCCAUCAUCUUCUCCCCAUUCGCACGAUCACUUGGACCCUCGUCCUCAUCCUCAGUGUCAUAACAACCACCAGGAGGACUCUCUCAACAACCCUCGUCUCUCCUCCGCCCGCACCAUCUCCCAACUCCUCCGCAUCCACCGCACCUCCUGGGGCGUCGACCGCAUGCCCGUGCUGAACAUCCACUUCAUUGCGACCGCCCUUUUCGCGCUGCUCGACCACCUCUCCGACCCGGCCAACCGCGACGCCUUCGUGGACAUCAGCAUUACGGCGAAGGCGUUCUCUCGACGCUGGGAAUCCAGUAAGACGAUGCUCAGGUCGUUGCGCGCCACGUCCCGCGAGAGAGAGAUUGAGUUACCGACUGAGGCGGAUCCGUUGUUUGCGGUGCUGGAAUGUCAGGGCCAAGGACCCAGACUCGGACAUGCACCGGUACUUGGAAACAGUCAAGCGUCUCAGUCGGCCAAAUUAAAAGGGAGAGAGGACACUGUUGUGUCAACGGAGGGGGGAAGUAGUGAUCUCUCUUGA